AUGACGGCCACCGAGCAAGAGAAAGCUCUUCUAGAGAAGUACGAUUUGACUGUACUUCCCUCUGGCGAAUUAGGCACAAACAAUCACAAGGGCUUUCAGAUGGCCACAUGCAACCCCCUGGCUGCACAGUGGAUAGCGUGUUACGACGGUACAGGAACAAG